UUUUCACUAAAAAAACAUCUUUUGUUUACCAAAAACUUAAUAAUAAAACUAAUAAAAACCAAACAAAAUGUUAAGCUCCAUGGUAAAAGAACAUCAGGCUAAACAAGUGAAACGUAAACAGGAACAAGAAGUCAAACGUAAAGAGGCCAUAGAAGCAUCCAAUGAAUUGACCAAAGCUUUGGUGGAACACUUAAAUGUGGGUGUUGCCCAAGCUUAUUUAAAUCAGAAACGUUUAGAUGCCGAGGCCAAACAAUUGCAUGUGGGAGCCACAAAUUUUGCCAAACAAACCCAACAGUGGCUGCAAUUAAUUGACAAUUUUAGUAGUGCUCUAAAGGAACUGGGUGAUGUGGAGAAUUGGGCCAGAAGUAUAGAGUCGGAUAUGCAAGUGAUACAAAGUACUUUAGAAAUUGCCUAUAAAACUAGCCGACAAACCCAGCAAAAAUCUCAGGGUGCAGCUGCAGGUCCAAGUGCUACAUCCUCAUAAAUUAUAUGUUUAAGUAAUAUGUAUUAUUAUUGAUAUAAAUUCACAGUUUUCAAGUCUUUAUUUUUUUGUUUUUGUCUACAUAUAUGAUGAGAAUUAAAUAAAUAUAAAAAUUACAACUA